AUGUCCAAGCGAGCUUGCGUGGCGCCAAUCUCGGUCGUCGAUGCUGACAUCCUUCUCCACAUCGUCCAGUGCUUGUCCUCGAUCAACGAUGUCUUCGCGCUGCUGCAGGCGCUGCCACGUCAUGCGCUCGAUGCGCCGUUGGCUGCACUCCGGACGCUCUUGCCGACUGCCUUGAAAGCCGACCAGUGGCCGCAGGUCUGCAUUGAAGAAAUUGAUCGCCGGUACACUUCGACCGUGCUCACGGCGCUGCCGGUCUUUCGCUCGAUUCGCAUCAACGAUUUGACCAAGCUCGACGAGGUGCUGCGAGCCGGGAGCCAGGAAUAUGGCGCCGAUGGGAGCGCGACAAUUGCGCUCGCGGCCAAGUGGGGGCACAAGAUCAAGUCCAUCGACAUGUCGUACUUCCAACAGGGCAACAACAACGGUGCGCUCGCCCGCAUUCUUCGUCCCUGCACCGGCCUCGACGAAGUGCAUAUUUGUGAGCCGUCCGAUCCGUCCGUUCUCGAAGCAGUCACUGCUGCCGCGCAGUAUGUCACGCGCAUGGAGCUCCUCGGGAUCGGCAAAGACACAUCCAUGCGUGUGCGCUGGCUCUCGACGAUCACAACAGAACCUCGGACUCUCUUUUUCGAAUCGGCCGACGACCUUCAGUUGGCGCGGUGCAUUGCCGCCGCCGCAUCGCUCACGAGCCUCACGCUCUGGCAGGCCGACAACGUUCUCCAAGCGUUAUCCAAUGUUGCCGCACCACUGCUCAAUAUGACCAAACUGUGCCUCCACACAAUCUCUGGCAUUGAAGGGUUCCUGACGAAAUGCGUCAACCUCUCGACGCUGCAGGUGCUCGACCUGGCCGCCGAAGGUAUACCAAUGUCCACGUGUCUUCUUGAGCUGCUGCCGCGUCUUGUGGCCCUGCGCGAGCUCUCGCUCACGGGCUGCGUGAUGGAUUGGGUUGACCAAUUGGACUCGACGCCGGCGCCGCGCCAUCUCACAGUCCUUCAAUUCGAGGCUUGUGGCAUGGACGAUGCCACGUGCCUGGCGCUUCUUGAGUGGGCGUCGCAGUCACCGUGCCUCAAGACCGUCACGCUCAUCGCGACCGAGACGGUGCGAACCGAACCGUUGCAGUGUGGGCGCUACCUGCGUCGAUGGAUCGCGUCCAGCGUCCAUCGCGUCUCACUUCAGUGCUGCACGGUCGAAGAAAAAAAUGUACUUGCCAUCGCCAUGGCGCUCUGUGACACGCGUCGGUCUGCACCGUUUGUACUGCAUCUGCGCGAUGAGACCAUGACCGUUGCGUCUUACAAGGUACUCUUCGACGCACUUCUCACGUGCGUUGGUGUUGCGAUCGAGGUGGUCGAACUCCGAAUUGGGAUGCGCGACGAGAUCGCAUGCCUUGCGUCGACGCUGCAGCUUCAACUGUCGGAUGGCAGCGACCGGACGCUGACGAUUCAAAAGCUUCACUAGUGGCACGUCGCUCGAGGUGGUUGAACGAACUGAGGAAUGAGAAUUGAUGCAUAACAUAUACUGGUCUAUACUUUACACCCA